AUGACGAAAAUCGAAGUUGGAAAAGGAAAAGAUGCCCUCAUCCCCAUGGAGAAUGCCAAUUUGGCCAAUUCAGGACUUGAGAAAAAAGCUGAUCAAGUCGGCAAUAAUGAAAGGAAUUUGACUAGCCAUGCCUCCAGAUGGUUGAUCUUCAACACUCUCGCAGUUCUCACUUCCAUAAUUGUCUGGUUCAUCUCUGUGGAAGAUACCAAUCCUCUUCGGACAAUGGUUCUCAGUUUCCUCAUUGGAUCUCUCUUCAUUGAAUCCAAGCUCUACGCUUCGAAGCAACCCAACAACAUCCUGGAGUACCUCAUGUUGUUCGGAAUAAUGGCUCUUAUUGAUGGCUACGAAUUAUUCCGGAUGGAGGCAAUGGAGAUCGGACAAUUGAUGUUCUUUUCUGGGAGAGCAGUCAUCAUUUUCUUGUCAAUGGCAGGAGCCAUUGCUGCCAACUUCAAGAAAACAGCAGAAAGAUGGCAUUCAACGGUCGGUGCUGUCCUAGGAUCCCUCAUCGGAAUGGUUGUCUUCGGGAUGGUAAACCGAGCUGUGUUGGCUAUCCGAAUGAAGAAUUACCCUCAAUCGCCUUUCUAUCCAAUCGAAUCAAUUCCUGCAAUCCCAACAAGCAUGCUAUAA